AUGGAGUAUCCCUUUUAUUUGCAGGUACUUGCAGCGAUUCAUUUUUUUGGUCAUGGCUCAUAUCAGACUGAUGUAGGCAAUUGCCAUUUAAAUUCUAUGAGCCAGCCUUCAGUCAGUCGCUGCAUUAAAACAGUGACUGAUUUAAUUAUAAAGCAUGCUACACCAAAGUACGUGAAUUUUCCUAAAACCUCAUCAGAAAGAGAUGAAAAUAAAAAGAGGAAGGGCUAUUACUCAAUUAAUAUUGAAGUAAUAUGUGAUGCCGAUGAACGGAUAUUGUUUGCGAGCAGCAGAUAUCCUGGCUCCACUCAUGAUGCAGCCAUUUGGAAGGUUUCGACAGUCAGAGCCCUGCUAACUCAUAAUGCUGAUGAUGGGACAUAUUUAUUGGAUUCAGGUUACCCUUUGGAACAUUGCCUACUCACACCAUAUAGGACACCAGUAGGCUCUACCCAGGAGAAAUACAAUAAGUUCCACAAAAAGACUCGCAAUGUAAUAGAGAGAACAUUUGGUGUUGUUAAAAGUCGUUUUCGACGUUUGCAUCGUCACAGGACACUGCAUUAUACACCUGAUGUGGCAGGAAAAAUUGUGUAUGCAGUAUUUACUCUGCAUAAUAUAUGCAGAGUAAAUAAUAUUCCUCUGGAUGAAGAACUGACGGAAUAUAGUGAUGAUUUUGGAAACGGUUAG